GCCUGACACUUGCCUGCCAGUAGAACAACGAAAACAUGAACUGCACUGUGGGUUUGACAACGAUCAUGCACAGUAUCAACAUAUUGCACGAAGAAAAAAUUCUACAGCCUCUCUGGAACUUCAUGCAAAACCAAGAAAAGUGGCUUCAAUCACCCUUCUUCCCAGUGCUGUUUUCUUUUAUUGUUUAUAUAGCUUUCUGCCUGCCAUUUGUUGUGCUGGAUCUCCUGACAUUAAAAAUACCAUCUUUGCUAAAAUACAAAAUUCAGCCUCAGAGCAAUGCUACUGUGGAUAUGAUGACAGUCUGUUUGGCACAAACUGUUUAUAAUCACAUCGUCUUCAUCUUUCCAGUAACUGUAGCUCACUGGUACUGGAGACCAAUGAACUUCCCUCCUACUGCUCCAGAGCUCAGAGAAGUCAUCUUUGAUGUCAUCGGCUGUCUGCUCCUUUUUGAUAUGCAGUACUUCAUCUGGCAUUUGCUGCAUCAUAAGAUUCCAUGGCUUUACAAGACAUUUCACAAAGCUCAUCACAAGUACACGGCUACAUUCGCACUUACCACAGAACAUUCAAGUGCAUGGGAGACUCUCUCACUAGGUUUCUUUGCUGCCAUCAAUCCAAUGUUGCUGAAAUGCCAUCCUCUGACAGAGACCAUCUUCUUCAUUGUCAACAUCUGGUUGUCAGUAGAAGAUCAUUCAGGGUAUGACUUUCCCUGGUCCACACACAGACUAGUACCAUUUGGACUGUAUGGAGGGGCACCACACCAUGAUUUGCAUCAUAUGAAGUUCAGAUCAAAUUAUGCCCCUUACUUUACCCAUUGGGAUAAACUGUUUGGUACAUUCUCAAAGCUGCAUAACAAAUGAACUGACUGGUCAUUUAAAGAAUUGGAAUAAACUGUUUACAUGAACAUUUGUUUUUUGUUUGAUGACGAGAAAUGCUCAGGAAAGAAAACUUUAUUACCUGAGCAUUUCUAUUUGCUGCUGAAACUGAAUUAUUAUUCCUAAAGCUGAAUGUCUCACUGAGAAGGACAUGCAGCAAAGUGAACAUGUGCAAUGUAUUAUUUAAUUAGCAUGUAAAUUCUGUUUUAUUUUCUAAGUAUGUUUUAUAUACACUAAAUGUUUAUUAUUAACUUAUGCAACUGCAUUUACUACUGUCAUUGCCUAGUAUCACCAAUCACAGUAUAUCUGUAAAGCUGAAUUAUAAAUGUAAAGGAAUAGGCAUAAAGGUGUAAAUAAAAAGUAUUUUUAAAUAUAUUGCCACAAGAAUGAAGAAAGGAUCUUAAUCAUGUUUACUGAAGGGUGGGAGAGAAAGUGAGGAGGCGAGAGCAAACAAACUACUAUGUGAAGUGUGUGCACUAGUGUUUAAAAAAAUAAAAAUAAUUGCAGCAUGGGUGCCAUGAUGCAAAAGGGUUAAGGCAAAGUGCAGAAGGGAUGGAGGAGUGGACAGACACCAAGAGUGGUGCAGUGCAGCGUGUGUUAUGUAAAUAAAGUGGGAGCAACUUUAAGAAGGUGGGCUUGGAUAUGUUUAGAGGGUAAGGAAAAGGGUAUGUUGAGUGGGAGGCCUUGUCAAAAAUGGCAGCAGUUAAUCUGUAAGGUGCUGUAGACAUUUGCCUGCCUUUGAGCCAGAGGUUUGGGUUUGUGUGUUUUUAACAUACAUGAAAAUGUAGUAAAUAGAAUUAUUUACCUUGCAGAUGGCAUGACAUUCGGUAUUACGACAGUAGAUAGGGCAUGUAGUUUGAAAAAUGACAUAGAAAGUAUGAAUAAGUAGGCAAACGAAUGACAACUGAGACUUAAAAAGAAAUCAUGUGCAAAAUUCUACUCAGCAACCCUGAUGUGAAUUAUUAAUAGUGAGGACUGAAGUUACUAGAAGCAGUGCAGGAAAAAAGAUUUGGGGUGAUUAAUCUAUAUUAGAUUUUCAAGACCAAGUUGAGGAAACUGUGCAAAAGAAAAAAAGUGAGGACCUGCAGAUAAGAAGGAUUUGAUUCAGGAACUAAGCACAAAAUUAAAUAGCUAUUACCAGGCAGUGAAAAGAACAUAACUAGACUAAUGUCUGUAGUUCUGAAUACUAUAACAGAAAAGAGAUACUAAUAUGUGAUUUAAAGGGGGUCAGAGCAAUGCUAGGAGAAGCGUAUUUGGAAAGAGACCCAAGAAGACAGGGUAUUCUUUUUUUUGUUUGUUUGUUUUAUAUUAGUGCACCAGACUAUUCUAGAUAAGCAUGUGGGAAUUACCCUGCAAAGUAAGUUGAGGGAAAAGAAGAAAGGUUUUCAGCUAGAUUGUGAAAUUAAUUUCUUCAUAGAUAUAAGGAAGGGUUUCCUUUACAGAGAGAGUAGUUGAUACAUUGUAUGCAAUUCCAUAAGAGAUGGCAGAAAAUGUAUGUAAAGAACCAUUUUGGGAUAAACAGAAAUUGGGAAGUGUUAGGAAAAUAAACCUUGAGAUUUGUCAUGGCUGGACUAGACAAGCUAAUGUAUCCAAUACAAUGUGCUUAAGUGAUAUAAAAUAAUGUCUACAUGAUCUAUAUUUAUUUCAUGAUAAGUGAUAAAGUCUACAUGAUGUGUAUUUAUUUAAGAAUUAUGUAAAGUGAGAUUUUUUUCAUAAAUGUUCUGUUGCAAAUAAAGUA